AACCCACACUCACCCUCCACCCCCCUUCCCCCCAACUCUCUUACACGCUCCCUCUGCUGCUCCGCCUUCGUCCUCCUCCCUGUCAUCCGUUGCCCCUUCCCUCAGAGCUCCUUUCUUGGAAUGGCGGGUAGUGCGUUGUCUUUGGACACGUGGCGGCAUCUCGUUGGCCAGCUGGAGAGUGGCAGUGUGGACGUGGCACAUCCGCGCACAGGCGCGCAGUGGCUGUACCGCUGGAUGGUGGGGCGAGAGAAGCGCGCAGGGGGGAAGGGGAAGGGCGCUGUGGGGGAGGAGGGGGAAGAGCGCGAGGAUAAGGGAGAGGGGAGGGAGGAGCGUGAGAAGAGGAAGGAGCGGAGGGAGGAGGAGGCGGAGGAGGAGGAAAACAAGGAGAGGCAGCAGCAGCAGCAGCAGCAGCCACAGCCGCAAGGCCAGAGGCAGCAGCAGCAGCAGCAGGGUCAGCAGGGGCUGGAGCAGCAGGAGCAGCAGGAGCAGCAGGGGCAGGAGAGGGAGUGGUUGGUGGCGGUGAGCAUUCAAAUCUUUGAAGUUGGGCCGUGCAAAGACCUGGUCAUAACAGCUGCUGUUCCCUCUACUACUGCUCCUGCUUCUCUUUUGCUCUCUCCCCCUUCCCCUGUCUCUGCCUCUGCUGCUUUCCCUCUCCCUCUCCCUCUCUCGCCCCCUGCUUCCGUCGCUCGCUCUUCCUUCGCCCCUGCCGCUGCCCCCCUCUCUGCGUCCCUCUGUACCUCAGCCUCAGCCGCUAUUCCUGCCACGUCUCCUCCUCUUACUCCCACUCUCAUCCUUCCUCCUCCUCCUCCUCCAUCUCCUCAUCCUCCCAUUCCUUCACCUGUCCUUACCCCAAAAACCGCCUCACGGGUUGAGGCACCUGAAAACGCCCUUCUUACCCUCGCUCCGCCCACCCUCGCCCCUCCUGCCCUCGCUCCUCCGACCCUCGCCUCUCCUGCCCUCGCUCCGAAAUCCCCUUCAGGGGUUGAGGCGGCGUCUGACAGUUCCCUCAUUACCCUCGCCCCUCUUGGCCUCGCCUCUUCUGAAUCUUACUCAGAACUCCGUAAAGGCAAGCUAAGCACGUGGGACGUGGCUGUUGCGCGAAACGCAGGGACCACUGGGGCAGAAGGCGACGAGGAGAAGCAAGCAGGAGAGGAAGAGAAGGGGGCAGGGCCGGCAGGGCAAGGAGGAGCCAAGGAGCAGGGUGGCAGGGAGCAGGGGGGAAAGGACCAGCAGCAGCAACAGAAGAAGCAGCACCAGCAGCAACAGCAGCAGCAGCAGGCGCAGCAACCGCUGGGGAUGAGGCGCAUUCGGGUGGAUCCAUCUCAGAAGCCAAGGGGGGCGUCAGAGACAUGGCUUCUGCAUGACUUCAAGGAGAGACCCGGCAACCAGUUCAGGUUCCGCAUGCUCUUUGAGCUAUCCUCUAAGCCAAGAGGGGCAUCGGAGACGUGGCCCCUACAUGUCUUCAAGGAGCGACCCGGCAACCAGUUCAAGAUCCGCAUGCUCUUUGAGCUCUCCUCUGUAAGACCCGAAGAUGCUGCUGAGCAAGGAUGGGAGGCUCUUAGACUGCAACCAGGCAACGGUGAGGAUGAUAAAAGCGAGGAGCAAGGACCACCUCAUAGGCCGCACCAUCCAGUCGCUCUCCCUGUCCCUCUCUUUCCCUCCUCUCCUCUGCAGGACCCCAAGAUGCUGUUGAGCAAGGAUGGGCGUCUCUUAGACUGCAACCAGGCGACGGAUGACGAGGGUGGAGUGGUGCCUGUGGAAGCCCUGUGCCGCCUUGUGGACCUCAUGGGUACUCCCCAGGGAGGAGGUGGUGGAGGAGAUACGGGUAAAUUGCAGUCUCAAUCGCACGCCCAGCAGCCACAGUCCUCCUCCUCCUCCUCCUCCUCCUCCUCCUCCUCCUCCUCCUCCUCCUCCUCCUCCUCCUCCUCCUCCUCCUCCUCCUCCUCCUCCUCCUCCUCCUCCUCCUCCUCCUCCUCCUCCUCCUCCUCCUCCUCACACUCCUCUCACUCGCGAGCAGCGGUCUAUCUGAUGGUGUGGCACGAUCUCACGGAGGUGAAGCGCAAGGAAGCGUCCUUGGAGCGAGCCAAGCAGGAGGCGGAGAGGGCAAGGCAGGCGGCCGAGAGGGCGAGUCUGUCCAAGACGCAGUUCCUGGCCAACAUGAGCCACGAGAUCAGAACGCCCAUGAACGGGGUUAUUGGCGUAGCUGACUUGCUCCUAGAUACGGCGCUGAGCGAGGAGCAGAGGAUGCUGGCUGAGACCAUCCGCUCCUGCAGCGAGGGGCUGCUGCAGAUCCUAUCAGACAUCCUGGAUCUGAGCAAGAUCGAGAGCGAUAAGAUGGAGCUGGAAGCCACUCAGCUGGACGCCCGGCAGCACCUCUCCAGCUCUCUUGCUCUCUUCCGCACCGCUGUCCAAGACAAGGGGCUGCAGCUGAACGUGAGGGUUGCACCAGACGUGCCGCACGCGGUGACGGCCGAUGCAGUGCGGUUGAGGCAGGUGCUGCUGAACCUGGUAUCGAACGCCCUCAAGUUCACCCACCACGGGCGCAUCUCCGUCUCCCUCUCCCGCCUCCACUCCUGCCCCGGCUGCUGCUGCUGCUCCCCCUCCCCCUCCUCCUCCCCCGGCCACCCCCUCGCAUCUGCUGCUUCUCCUGCUCCUGAUGCUCUUUCUCCUGAAGAAAGGAGGGAGGAGGAACGAGAGGAGGGAGCAGCAGGAGGGAGAUUCAAGGAGGGGGAAGAGACAGGCGAGGAGAAAGAAGGAGCAGAAGGCAAGGAAGAGGCGAGAGGAGGCGCGGAGGAAAAGGAAGAAGCAGGCAAGGAAGAGGAGGCAGGGUCACGGGUGGUGCUGCGGUACACAGUGGCGGAUUCAGGCAUCGGCAUAUCAGAGGAGGGGCAGAGCCGGCUCUUCCAGGCGUUCACCCAGGCGGACAGCAGCACUUGCCGCCGCUUCGGAGGCACGGGGCUUGGUCUGGCUAUCUGCCUGGCUCUCGUGACGCUCAUGGGGGGAGCUAUCGAGCUGACGAGCAAGGAAGGCGAGGGCUCGACUUUCUCGUUCACUGUCUGUGUCGGGGCACUCAAGGACAGCCCUGGCCAGACCUCCUCUGCUGCCGAGCCUGUCGAGUACCUGUGGUAUGAGGGCGGAACAACACUGGGGAGACUGGAGUCGACGUUUGAGGCGCCUCAAAAGCCGUAUGAGGGCGGAACUCUGGGGAGACUGGAGGAGGACACAGGGAGAGAGGACGUGGAGGGCUGCAGGGGAGGGAUGCCGACAGGGGAGGAGGUGGAGGUGGAAGAGGAGGAGGAGAUGGAGGAGGUGAACGUAGAGGAGGAGGGAGGGGUGGAGGUGGAGAAGGGAAAGGAAUCACGAGCAUUUGGAGCAGGAAGAGCAGAAGCAGGAAGAGCAGAAGCAGGAAGAGCAGAAGCAGGAAGAGCAGCAUCAGUAGCGAGAAAAGCAGUUUCCACGAGGCUGAACGGUAGUGGGAAUAGCGCUCACACCAGUGUCAACCAGCAGUCACUGCAGGAUUCGUCGCAGCCAGCACAUGCCCAAGAGCCCGCCUCUCCACUGCACGCACUCGCCCCAGAGGGCACAGUGAGAGUAGCCCCCAUGAGCAUCCAUGAAAGCGCCUGUGGAAGCACCCAGGGGUGCGCUCGUCCCUCGACUGAAGCACGGCUUUCUGAAUCGACUUUUGACGGACGCUUUGAGUCCACUCCUGAAAAACACGUGCCUGAGGGAGCCAUGAAGGUGGCCGGGGGGAGUGCCGGUCCCGUAAGAGAAGCAGAGACCCAAAGCUUAGUUCCCGUUUGUGACACAAAGAGGCAGUUGCAUCGGGUCCCCGUGGAGGCAUUGGAUCGGGGGGAGGCGGAGACGCAAGUCUUGAAUCGACGCGGGGGGGGGAGCAGCAAGCUCCCUGCCCUUGAAUCGACGCAGCGGUCGCCGCGAUCACAUGAGGCACGAGGCGUGCGGUUUUCUCUUGGCAGCAUGGUGGUGCCUGCUGGUGCUGCUGAGGAAGGGGGGAGGGAGGGAUGCAUGGAUGGGCGGCAGGAUGGGCGGCAGGAUGGGCGGCUGGAUGGUCCGCUGGAUGGGCGGCUGCACAUAGCACCUGUGAACCGGGCAGCUUCGUUGCCGCCACAGCGGCGGGGAAUGAGAGGAAGCUUCUCGGAAGGAGACAUUCCCUUGAUGACCGAGUCAGGGCAGGGCGAGUGUGAUAUUCAAGUGAUGGGAGAGAGGAAGGGGCAGAGCAAGGGAGAGAGCAAAGGAGAGAGGAUGGAGGAGGGUAAUGGGGAGAGGAAUGGGGAGCGGAAUGGGGAGAGGAACGAGAAGGGAUGCUCGCCCGGGAGGAGUUGCGAUAGUGGCGUCUCUUCGCCCGGUUUUGAGACGUCUCAAAUCACUCCGCCAAGGACUCAUGCAGUCGCAAGCCGUGCUUCCACUCCCACUGCCGCUCCGGUGUGGCCAACCACCAGUGCACUACAACCACCUGCAGCAGUAGCAGCGGUAGCAGCAGCAGCAGCAGGGACCGCAGCAGGUGGGGAGCCGCAGCAGCAGCAGCAGCAGCAGCAGCAGGCGCUGCGGGUGUUGGUAGCAGAGGACAAUGCAGUGAACCAGCUAGUGGUGACACGCAUGCUCAGGCGCCUGGGGCUGGACUGCCGGGUGGCUGACAAUGGCGUCAUGGCCGUGGAUGCAUGCAGGGAGGAGCGCUUUGACCUCGUGCUCAUGACGCUUGGGGCUGGACUGCCGGGUGGCUGA